AUGCUCCAUCUAAUAUUUCCCCUAUUGAUCGCGCUAAAUUCAGCCAAAUAUACCGAUUGGGCAAAACUGCGUGUUAAUGCCACCGAAUCCGCGUAUUUGGAUGCGACCGCCGAGCUUCACAAGGAAUUAUUUCAAAAUAGAUAUUACAGAAAAGAACUGUCGCCCGUUUAUUCGAAGCAGCCAUCAAAUCUUACACAAACCAGCUAUCCGCGUUUUAAUGUCGAAAUUGAGCUGGCAUUUAUUAAACUUUUUGAGAUUAACGCACAAAGCCAAACUGUGACAAUGGGCCUAGAAUUCAUGCAGUUUUGGGUUGAUCCGAGGUUGUCUUGGUUACCUGAGGAAUACGAUGGCAUCGAAGUGAUCUGGCUGGGUUUCGAUACGGUCUGGAUACCGGAAUAUUCCGUUUUUGAUGUGAGCGCGAUUACUGAAGCGUGGCCGGACUAUCGGCGGCCAGUAAGGGUUCAAUCUACAGGCCUUGUUUAUCUGGAUACCCAGCAAGUUGUGACUAUUUCAUGCCCGAUGGAUUUGGGUAAAUUCCCCUUCGACUCACAAAUUUGCCCCAUCCUUUUUGGACUUGCAAGCUACUGGGUUAAUCAGAUUACAUCAAACGGCACGCUCUUUGAUUUUGAUUAUAAAUCGAUGUCGGGCAACGGCGAAUGGACGGUGGAAAAUAUUUCUUUGACUGCGUAUCAGGUUCCCAGCAAAACCAUGCCACAGGACGUGCUAUGCUUUGAAAUGUACGUAAAACGCGAGCCAAAUUUUUACAUCUACGUGAUCGUUCUGCCGACAUUUCUGCUCACAUUUCUUUCGGUUACGGGCAUGUUUUGGACGCCAAAUACUAAAGAUGAACAGUUGACAAAGAUGAGCAUCGGAUUGACAAGUAUGAUGUCAAUGACCAUAUUCGUCCAAAUGGUUUCUGAACAGAUACCUCGCACAGUCACUUUUCCAUUACUUGGUAUUUUUGUCAUCGUAUGCGUUGCGAUAGUUUCGUGCGCCUGCGUAGUGCUGAUCAUGUUUUCGACAAAACGCAAGGAAAAGGAGCAAAAAACCGACAAG